CUAACUUUUUAUCCCUGAAUAAUUAUUCAUCCGGCGACAGAAAAAGUCCUGGAAGGAAAUAUAUUUGUAUAUUUUAUUUUAGGUGUCCUUUUAUGUCUUCCUUGAAUUGGUAAAAGCCUCACAACAGAAGCAGUACCAUAAUCAAUCCACCGUCUCCGCUCUCCUCCGACCUUGGCCUUCUGCCUCUUCAAAAUCAGGGUAUUUUCAGCAUGGACACCAAUAAUUGGAGACCUAUCCAAGGUGGGGAACCCACGAUGGACACCACAGAUUGGAGAACUCAAUUUCAGCACGAUUGGAGACAACGCGUUGUCAACAAGAUAAUGGAUACAUUGAAGAAGCAUCUCCCUUUCUCUGGCCAAGAAGGGUUGCUUGAACUGAAGAAAAUUGCUGAAAGGUUUGAAGAAAAGAUUUACAGCACCGCCACAAGCCAGACUGAUUAUUUACGGAAGAUUUCACUGAAGAUGCUGACAAUGGAGCCUAAGUCCCAGAACAAUAAUAUACCCAACCCGUUGCCAUCCAACCCUGUUAAUAGCAGACCCACAGAUCCAGGUAGGCAAUACAUUCUUAAGUGCGGACCAAAAAACAGUGUUCUUUAUGGUAUACAAAAUAUAUAUAUAUUUGAAUCACAUAUAGAUGUAAUAAAUAUAGCUAAUUUAUGUAUUAAUAUAAUUAAAUUGAUUCUUUAAAUUAUUAAUUAGUGGAAUUAUAAUUUAUUAGGUUAUUUUGAAGACUUAUCAUACAUUUGGAGUCAUUUGGACUUGAAGAGACGUUAGCGUACUUUGGUGAAAAGUAGUAGAAGCUGACGAGCUUGAUUUUACAAGGCAAAACUUAAUUAUAAAUUUUGGCAACCUUAGAAGUAGAACUGGAUUUAGAGUUCAACAUAAAAGUUUUAAAUCUCGUUCUUAACUUUUCGGAACAUCUUGAAUUGUCUAAUUCCAAGUUGUAUUGAAGAAUUUAUGACCAAAAUACUAAUCAGGUGUAAAACAAAAAUUGUGAUGGGCGCUAUAGCGCCCAGUCUAGAAAAAAACACAAAAAAAAAAGUCAGCACAUGGGUUAUUCAAGAAAUAUCUCAUGGGCGCUAAAGCGCCGAUUUAUCAUUUUUUUUUAAAAAAAAAAUCCUAAUUCUAAGGGGAUUCAUCUAUCUUUUCCAACACUAUAAAUAGAAUCUUAAUUCUAAGGGGAUUCAUCUAUCUUUU